ACGGCCAGGUCAGCCUACCCGCACGCAGACAAGUCCAGACCCCGAAACGAACGAACCAGCCCUCCCGUUCCCCAAAACCAGCGGCACCACCACCCAUGGCUUCGGCGGCGGCGAGAUCCGGCCUCCGCUCGCUGGCGGCGCGCGCCAAGGCCCCCGCCCCUGCGAGGCGCCGCAUGUCCUCCUCCGUCCACGACGACGCCUAUGAGACGGCCAAGUGGGAGAAGAUCACCUACGCGGGGAUCGUGACCUGCACCCUCCUCGCAGCGUGGAACCUCUCCAAGGGCCACCCCCACUUCGACGAGCCGGCGCCAUACCCAUACCUGCACAUCCGCAACAAGGAGUUCCCCUGGGGACCUGAUGGCCUGUUUGAGGUCAAGCACGACCACUGAGUACUGAAUAGCACACGCCUUCAGAAGUCGCUCGGUGCUUGAUGACUCUGGUUGUUCCAUUGUUCUCUGUUUUCAGUGCUUCCUAUUUUGCUGCAAGAAAUAAGAAUGGCAAAACUCUUGUUGACAAUCAGGAUUUGACUCUGUUGUGUCUUCUGUUUUAUUCACAUCAAUGAUCAUAUACAAAAGCAAUUGUUGUCUUCCCAGUUUCAGAAAACAGUGGUUACCACAUUCCCAUGCCUUGUAUUUCUGCUUUCUGAAUGGAAUUCUUUCCCCAUAUAUAUUUUUCUCCUUUAUGCUUU